AUGAAUGUGAUCCCCAUCCAGGCCAGCUGCGGUGCUGAUAUCAUCGGCUUUGACUUUGAACACCUUUACCCAGAUCAAGUGGACGCAGUCCGAGCAGCCUGGCGUGAUUAUGGUGUGCUACGCUUCCGUGGCUAUGAUAUCACCACACAACAGCACGCCAAAUUCUCAAAUCUAUUCGGACACUACGUACCUGUGAAAGGAACAUCGAUUGCACACCAUGAUCAGAAAGAAAUUACGGUUAUUAGCAACGCUAAAGUUGACGGCAAGCCCGUUGGGACUCUAGGAAAUGUCGAUUUAGAGUGGCACACUGACAGUUGGUACUUCGACAAGCCUCCCUGCGGGCAGAUCCUGAGAGCACUGGAGCUCCCGCGGACCGGAGGUGACACCUACUGGGUCAAUAUGUACGCAGUUUACGAUGCGCUCCCAGAGUUCACGCGCAAGAUCAUUGAGGGCCGCCUGAUCCAGUUCAAUAUUGUGUAUGACGCAGUUGGCCGAGUGCGUCCUGGUCAGGAAAAACCUGAGACUGAUGACUUCCGUCUGUGGAAGCAUGUUCGUCACCCCAUCGUUCGUACGAAUCCGGAAUCUGGACGCAAGGCUGUCUAUAUCGGAUACUUUGAUUCCACGAAGAAUUGGAUUGUUGGUCUUCCUCUAGAGCAAAGCAAAGCAAUUCUAGAAGAGAUAUACAGCUUGAUUGAUAGCGGUAAAUUUGUCUUCCAACAGAAAUGGCAACCUAACGAUAUUAUCAUGUGGGAUAAUCGCUGUACUAUGCACCGAAGAGAUGGGUGGAACGAGACGGACAUGAGGAUCAUGCACCGUACAGGCACUGGGACUGAAACGCCAAUCUAUGUGUACUAG